UUGUUUUCAUCUAUUUUGAUAAUAUCAUGCAGAUUGUUGAAUAAAAACAUAAUUAUACAUAUUUAUUUGAAAAUAAUACAAAAUACAUAGAUAAUUUACCAAUUCGAACGAACAGUCAGAAUAUAUAUACUUGAAUCACAUAUGGUUUUAAGGUAAAGGUCUCAAUCAAUGAACUCUUCUGAAAGGUCUCAAUCAGUGAGCUCUUCUGAAAGAUCUCAAUCGGUAAGCUCUUCUGAAAGGUCUCAAUCGGUGAACUCUUCUGAAAGGUCUCAAUCCGUGAACUCUUCUGAAAAGUCUCAAUCAGUGGCGUCUUCAUCUUCUGAAUCUCGCAAUAUCCUCGAAAUAUAUUAUGAGGGAAACGUCGUAGGGGAAGUCGAUCUCUUAAGGUACAGGAACUAUGAGGGUCUCGUAAAUGCUCUGUCUAAUAUGUUUGGAGGAGCAACAAUUAAGUAUGGCAAUGUAUCUAGUGAUCACUAUACGUUGACGUAUAUAGACAACGAUGAAGAUUGGAUGAUGGCCGGAGACAUCCCUUGGCACGAUUUUGUGAGUACAGCUCAAAAAUUGAUCAUUACGUGACCGGAUCCUUGAUCAUAAGUACCACCCGACAAUACAUGCAAACGAAACUCCAACGAACCAUUUUACAUCUCUUCAAUUGAAGUGAACUAUUAUCUAAAUAUUCCUGUGUUGCAAAGUCAACUUAUAUAAUUUAUGUAAAAAAAAAAAAAAAACUUUUACCAACUAUUUAAACAAUACUCGUCUCUCUUAUUCGCGGUCAAAUUGUGUAAUUAGUUAAUAUUAAUGGGGGAGAUGUGAGU